ACUAUUCAACUUUUUAAAGAAAUAAAAGAUGCUGAAAACUCUGGAGAAGCUUUGACUGUAUAUGACAUAUCCAUUGUUGGAAGGACAAGAAGAAUGUGAUUGAUUUUGCAUAUUUUUGACAUUCUUUGUCUCUUAGCCCUUGGGGGACAAUCAUGCAUCUUCUUGAAUCGAAAUGCCAGCAGCAAACCAGACGAGCCCCAUAGUUAACUGCUCCAUCCUUUCGGAUUUCAUGCACAAUGUUUUUUCGUAUAAUUGAUUUUAUGACUCAGUAUUCAUUAUUUUUGGAUUAUUUUCAUUGUAUAAUUGACACAUAGAAAUGCUGGAUACAAGCCUAACCUGUCGACAUGCAAAAUUGGGUACAAUUGCUUUCCAACCAGAGGCUUUCUUUUCCCUUUUUAUAACAGUAACCAAAAAAACAAAAAAAAAAAAAUUUGUGUUGGUAUUUUUCCGCCAUUACAGAGAAAAAGAAACAGUAGAGCAGCAGUAGAAGUAGUAGUAGAACAAGGUGAAACUUCUCGUGAUUGGCAUAUCCAACUUUUCCUUUCUUUUCCCUCUCUCUCUCUCUCUCUCUCUCUCUCUCUCUUCAUUCACUCAAUUAACAAUUUUCUCUUCUUUCCACUCUCUUUCCCUCCUCUGUCCUAACCCUAAUUAUACCCCUUACCUUUCUCUAGCUGCCCAAAUUUUCUUCCUUUCUCUCUUUUUCUUUUUGUUUGGCAUCUUCAAAGGCAACGCUUUUUUGGUUUCUACGUAUUUCCCAGUUUCAGAGAAUUGUGCAGGAUCAUGCUACUUCAGUGACAGUUUUCUUUCGUGGCUUCUAAUUCUCUGAAACUUUGUGAUCGUUGUGGAUUUUGGGUGCUGUGUUUGAAAUUAAAAAGUGGAUUUUGACUGGCCUUUCAAAUCCGAGAACCAUUAUGAUCCUAGAUAAUCAUGAGGGAUACGUGAGGUUGUCUUAUUGCUCAGUUCUACACUAUCUUCGAAAUACUUCUUCGGAAAUGGAUUAGAGUAAGUUUGCAAAGCCAUAGUUCUCUUGUAAGCCUUUGAGUUGAACCGUGGAGAGAUGGAUACUGUGCCUAGUACUUCUGAAAUUGUUGAAUCCACUGAUGAAUUAGAUGCUGAAUUGAAAAUGGGGGUACAUGCUAAGAACCACCAUAUGCCAAAAUCAGAAAAUAAGUAUUCUAUAGAGGAUGAUAUUAAUCGUCUUUUCGAAGCAAUUGACAUUAGGACAUCUUCUAGGAUUUCUGGUUUCUCAAGUGAAAUUGGUAGAGAUGCUUUACGAAAGAGUGCAAUGAAAAGACCAGUUAGAGUUGGCUCUUCUCAAGCUUCAGGGAUUGGAAUUUCUGAACCUGUGAGUUUGAAGCAGGCACUUAGAGGGUUGUGCAUCUCUCAGGCAUCGGAGAUGGCUGCUAUGAAGAAGCGAUUUUCAAAGCCAGCAGGUUCUUCAGGGGCCUCAGAGGCAGGAACCAUCAAAAGAUUAUACAGGGCAGUAGUAGUUGAAGCAAAUGGAUCUGGUAUUCCCCUAAAUGAAGGUAAAGGGAAUUUAGUGGAAAUCUCCCUUGUUCCUGAAAAGAUUGCGUCCAAUUCUCCUGACAAGAUGCCUGAAUCUUUGCAAGUGCCAAAGCAGGAGGUUUUCAACCAAAAUUCCAGUCCUUCAGAUAAUGCAACAAUAGAAAAGGAAAUACUAACCAGAUUACAAUCCCCAGAUCAGAUUGCUUCUUUGGUUAUGGAGUCUGAAAGUGAAGUAUCAAAAGCAGAACUUAAAAAACUGAAAUCUAUAGAUUCUUCCUCUGUUAAUCAUGCUGCUGAGGAAUCCUUGGAGAUUGGUUGUUCCUCAACUCAGGUUUAUGUUGAAACUCCUGUGCCUGAUAAGGAGCCAAAGGGCAAGUUGCAUGCUGAAUCUUCUCUCUCCGUUUCUAGUGCUGCUGGUAAGUUGAAAUCUGUUUGUGAAACUCCACGUCUAAUCAAGCCAGUCUUUAGGAACAAGAGCUUUAUAAGGAAGAAAGAAAAGCACGAAUCAACUUCUUCUGUCAGCAGUUCCCAUUCCUGUAAUGGUUGUCUCAGCAAUGAUCUUGGUCCUAGUACUAGUUAUUCAGAUAGGCAAACACAGAAACAUGCUUCAGGCAAGGGAAGAAAAGAAAAUCUGAAAGUUUCUUCAGUUUCCGGCAGUACAAAUCACAGCAUUGAUGUUAACUCAAGCAUGGUGGGUACAAGUUUCAAAUCAACUUUGAGUUCAAACUGUAAUAACAAAUCCAAAGCCCUGUUGACCAAAGCUGAUGACAGAUCAAGAUCAAGGGAAAAGGGGGAGUUUUCCCAGAGCUCCAAAAGUAGCAUUGGGGAGUACAGUAGUAGCACAACCACGAGUGAAGAAAGCAAUAUCAGUGGGUCUAGUCGGAGUGGUAGCAGACCUCACAUGUCAAAAGAUUUGAGGUGGGAAGCUAUACGCUCUGUUCAAAAGCAGCAUGGAAGCUUCAGUUUGAGGCACUUCAAGCUUCUCAAGAAGCUUGGUUGUGGGGACAUUGGGAUUGUUUAUCUUGCUGAGCUAACUGGAACAAACUGCUUAUUUGCUUUGAAAGUGAUGGACAAUGAUUUUUUGUUGAGCCGCAAGAAGAUGCCUAGGGCACAAACAGAAAAGGAGAUAAUGCAAAUGCUGGACCAUCCUUUUCUUCCUACACUAUAUGCGUAUUUUGCAACAGAAAAACUUUCUUGCUUGGUUAUGGAGUAUUGUCCAGGUGGAGAUUUGCAUGUGUUACGACAGAAACAACCUGGCAGGAGUUUCUCUGAACAAGCAGCAAGGUUUUAUGUUGCUGAAGUCCUCCUUGCAUUGGAGUACCUACACAUGCUUGGUGUUGUAUAUCGAGAUCUAAAACCAGAAAAUAUCCUGGUUAGAGAAGACGGUCACAUCAUGCUCACAGAUUUUGACUUGUCACUCAGAUGUGCUGUUAAUCCAGUGCUGCUUAAAUCCACUUCACCUGUUGCUGAACCUGCUGAGAAGAUGUCAAGUCCAUGCUCUGAAUCCAGCUGUAUUGAGCCUUUCUGCCUUAAUCCCUCGUUUCAAGUCCCAUGCUUCACUCCUAGGCUUCUAUCGCUUGCUUCCAAAUCAAGGAGGAUAAAGUCUGACCCAGCUACUCAGAUUAGCCCCAUGCCACAGCUUGUAGUGGAGCCAACCAGCGCCCGAUCAAACUCAUUUGUUGGAACGCAUGAAUACCUUGCUCCAGAAAUCAUCAAGGGUGAGGGUCACGGGAAUGCUGUCGAUUGGUGGACGUUUGGAAUCUUUCUGUUUGAGCUUUUGUAUGGUAAAACACCCUUCAAAGGUUCAGGAAAUGACGAAACACUAUCCAAUGUUGUGUCACAUAGCCUUAGGUUUCCUAGUAGCCCUACGGUUAGUUUUCAUGCAAGAGAUUUGAUAAGAGGGCUUUUAGUUAAGGAACCUGAGAAUCGAUUAGGAUCAGUGAAAGGAGCUGCAGAGAUCAAACAGCAUCCUUUUUUUGAGGGCCUAAAUUGGGCUCUGAUACGUUGUGCAACACCACCUGAGAUGCCAAGGUUCUGUGACACUGGCAUCUGUGUGCCAACCUCAGUUUUGCUGAAAAAGGACAGCACCAAAGGCGACGAAUUCCUGGGCACAGAAGACCAUAUGGAGUUUGAUAUGUUUUAGCUAGAGCUUAUCUGAUGUGGCAAAAGAUGAUGUUUUGGUUCUCUUUUUAACAGUGAGGUUUCUGAUCCUGUUGUUGUAACUGAUAUAUGUAGCACAUGUUGUAAAUGUAAUUCAGAAAAUUGGCGGCAAGUCAUUACUAUGAGAUAGAUAUACGGUAGAGCAGUUGAGUCUUCAAAAAGUGCAGCCAGCUUCUUGAUUUUCAUAGUAUUGAUUCAAGCUUGUGAGCACCACUAUAUUAAACUGAAUGCAGUGUGUAAUUUCAGUAUAUACAUUAUACAUCCAUUUCUCAGUUUUCUGCCAGCUUGAUUUGCUUUCACCAACGGUGUGAAAGGUAAUUCUAGCACUCGCAUUCCUGUUCUUUUCACCCUCAUAAAAUACACUUUUUGCUAAUAAUAUAAACUCCAUUAAACGUCAUGGAAAGACCAAAUAUUUCAACAUUUAACAUGGGCGCUGUCUUGCAAUUAUUAG